AUGGGGCUUUGGGAAAGAAAGGAAGUGAAGGUGGGAGAGUACAAUGCUGUAGCUGACACGCUGGAAAUAAUCAACAACAGCAUCAGGUUCCAAGGACUUGAACCUCCAAAGGACAAAACAAUUAUACAAGAGGAGCUACGGAAGAUCUCUCUACCACUCUACAGCAUCCUUUCAGCCCUCACAAUCCUAGGAAUGAUAAUGGCCAGUGCUUUCCUGUUCUUUAACAUCAAAAACAGAAAUCAGAAAUUAAUAAAGAUGUCCAGUCCCUACAUGAACAACCUUAUUAUCCUUGGAGGAAUGCUUUCUUAUGCAUCUAUUUUUCUUUUUGGUCUUGAUGGAUCCUUUGUGUCUGAAAAGACAUUUGAAACACUCUGCACAGUCCGAACAUGGAUUCUUACAGUGGGAUAUACAACUGCAUUUGGUGCAAUGUUUGCAAAAACAUGGAGAGUUCAUGCCAUUUUCAAAAAUGUAAAAAUGAAGAAAAAGAUCAUUAAAGACCAGAAGUUAAUGGUGAUAGUUGGAGGGAUGCUACUCAUUGAUCUUUGCAUCUUGAUUUGCUGGCAGGUUGUGGAUCCUUUAAGAAGGACAGUGGAAAAGUAUAACAUGGAGGUAUGUCCUCAAGCCCAAAUAAUACUCGUGGUUGUGUAUCUACAGCUUUCUAUAGGAACCUGCUAUAUGCUUUAGUUUAUGUGAAAGCAA